AUGACGCAGCUAAAAGGCGAGCUGAUGCGGUGGAUACAGACGAGACAUAUGGGCCAUCGGCUACAAGGAGAAAAGUCUCCUGGCUUCUGGUUUCUGGAGAGCCCAGCCUUGGGACUUUCUACUGGCGAUUCGUUCACGUAUGGCGCUGCUUCUGAGGCAAAUAGAGAUUCUACAACUAUACAGCCUAUGACACAAUUCGUUAGGCGGCAUCAUCAAAUGGUGGACAAUUUAUGGUUUCAUUGCAUAGUCAAGGUCUCACCUGCUGAUCUUAGAGCGGCUUUAAUAUCCAGGCGUCUCUUUGUGAACGGUGAAUGUGUAACUGCAUUAUUGGCUGUUGCUCAUGCCUAUGACUUGCGUGAUGCUCUUUCCAAGACCAUUUAUGGACAACUCUUUAUUUGGCUAGUUGAACGCAUCAACAACGCUGUAUAUCGGCCACUUUCUGAUUCCCAAAAUGGGGCUUCCACUUCGCUAUGUCAGUUAGCGUCAACCAAAAUUCUACCUUGCUCUUCGUAUUCGUGCCAAAAUUCCCCUGAUACUGAUGCAUUUAGAGAUUUUGCUAUAUCGGGAGCUCGGGCUCCUUCAUUAAAUAGCAUGAGUCUUGAUAUCCUAGGCCUUGCUAGCAAUCCAGAUUUGCUCAGGAAAGCAGAAGAUUUAACUCAACUACCGACACCCCAUCACUCAAAUUGUGAAUCAUUGAAAUCGCAAACAAGUUCUUUUCAGCAGAGCAAUAUUACAGAUCUUCAGGCUGAAAGUAACGAUUAUCCUAGAGAAGUAAAGUUAAAAACCUAUCGGUCUACCAUAGGGGUAUUGGAUAUCUUUGGCUUCGAAAACUUUGAACACAACAGGUGA